AUGGCAUUCCCUCUCUUGGCUUUUGCCUCCACUUUCUUCUUCUUCUCGACCUUCCAAGGAACAACCCAAUUCUCCACUUCACAACCAAAUGACUCGCAGCUUGUCUCCCACAUCUCACUCCCGCCGGAAAUCCUUCCCAAUAACCCUCUAUCUCCAACUUCAUCCCCUUCUGAGCCUGCUACAGUUUUCAGUGUGCUUUCUUACGGUGCAGUUGGCGAUGGUGAAGCAGACGACACGCCAGCGUUCAAGAUGGCAUGGGACAUUGCCUGCAGCCAAACACAACCCGCCCUCCUCGUAGCUCCAGCUGGCUAUCGUUUCGUCGUUCAGCCUACUGUCUUAGCAGGACCUUGUCAGACUAGCCUCCUAUUUCAGAUUGAUGGAACCAUAAUGGCACCGGAUGGACCGAGAUCAUGGCCCAAUUACUCGAACAAGAGACAAUGGUUGGUGUUCUACAAUGUCACAGGCAUGACAGUGCAGGGUGAUGGUGUUGUAGAUGGGAGAGGACAUAAAUGGUGGGAUCUCCCCUGUAAGCCUCACAAAGGGAUUCAUGGAACAGCAACAGUAGCUCCUUCCUCUUGUGAUAGCCCAGUUGCAAUAAGGUUCUUCAUGAGCUCAAACCUCACAGUUCAAGGGCUGAAGGUGCAGAACAGUCCUCAGUUCCACUUCCGGCUCGACCACUGUCAAAAUGUCGUGGUGCGAAUGCUCAACAUCCACUCACCUUCUUUGAGUCCUAAUACAGAUGGGAUUCACAUUGAGAACUCCAACAACAUCAUAGUUCACAGUUCUCUAAUCUCAAAUGGAGAUGAUUGUAUAUCCAUUGGAGCUGGAAGUUAUAAUGUUCACAUACGGAACAUUACCUGCAGCCCAAGCCAUGGAAUUAGCAUUGGCAGCCUAGGUUUCCGCAACUCGGGAGCCUGUGUAUCAAACAUCACAGUGUCUGACUGCUUCAUUCAUCAUUCUCAGAACGGUGUACGAAUCAAGACAUGGCAAGGAGGGUAUGGCUCAGUAUCUCAGGUCAAGUUCCACAACAUCUGGAUGGAGGGCGUCCGAAACCCUGUGAUCAUAGACCAGUACUACUGCCUCUCCAAGAACUGCUCCAACCAGACCAGUGGAGUCUACAUCCAUGAUGUCUCUUACUCAAACAUCCGGGGCACGUACGAUGUCAGGAGCCCUCCGAUGCAUUUGGCCUGCAGCGAUUCGGUGCCCUGCACGGACCUCGAGCUGUCAGAUAUAGUGUUGUUCCCCGGAGCUGACCAUGGUGGAGUUGCAGAGAAGAACCCAUUCUGCUGGAAUGCUUAUGGAGGAAACCAGACGCUCAUCGUCCCUCCUGUUUCUUGCUUGAUUGGAGGGAGUCCAGAUUUGAUCAUGGACUUGAAGGAGGAUCUUUGUUGACUUAAAGCAGCUAUUUUGGAUUCCAGCAAACACAAAAAAGGAAAUAAAGACUAGCUCUUGGACUGGAAACGGGGUGCUGCCACAUCUACUAAAUGGCAACAUUCAGUAGUCUGAUGUACAAUAUUUCUCCGUGCAAAAUAGAAACUGCAGACUACAGAUUCUUAGCUAUAUCAGGCAAGAGAGGUCUUUAAAAAGAAUACACGCGGAAAAGCAUGUGAAGGUUGGUACAAAAUGCAGAUGAAAGAAGUUGGGACAGGGUGGCCAAACUUGU